AUUUUAACAAUGCUGCAUAUCAAGAAAAGUUGGUGCUAAGAGCGUAUAUUAGUCACAUUCAUUUGCAAAAGUCUCUCCGUUUCUGCACUUAGCUCUGUUAUACAAUAAUGGAUUCUCUUCAAAUGAAGAAGAUUCAAGCUAUCAACAAGUACAGGAAACAACGGCUUCUCAACAAACUCAUGCUUUAUUCAUUCACUGCACUGAGUUGCAGUUUAUUUCUCUCUAGUCCUCUAUGGUAUCCCAUUCUUCGUACUUUUGUAAAAGUCCUUCUCUUCGACUCUCUACCCAAAGUUGGUGCACUAUUUUUCAGUCCUAAGUGUAUCUUCAUAGUUGGUAACCUCAUAGUUAUAGUUCUUGUUGGAGAGUCUAAGAUCUUCAAAUCAAGAUCCUCUUCUUUAGCCUCUAAUGUAAAUCUGAACUAUGCAAAGGAGCAAGAAAAGGAAGAGAAGGAUCAGAAAAACUUCAUUUUUCUUGCUGGAGAGUCUAAGAUUUUCAGGUCAAGUCAUUAUUCUUUACCCUUUAAUGGAAUAGAACUGAAUCAUGAAGUGCAAGAAGAGGAAUUUUGCGGAUAUGGUGAUAAAGAGGAGGACCAGAAAAUUAGGGAAAAUUGUACCAGAAAAUGCGGAGAUAAUGAGAAAGAUCAGGAAGAGAAAUGCAAGGGUGAUUAUCAGGAGUUCAAAUUCGGUGCAGAGCCUAAUGAAUUGAGUAAGAGAGCUGAUGAUUUUAUUGCUAGGGUCAACAAGCAAAUUAGGCUUGAAGCUGUAACAAUAGUUUAGACCAAGCAUAUGUAAUGCCUCAGACAGUUGCAAUUUGCAUAAUUUGCUCACGAGUUUUAAGUAUUUCUGUACACUGAUAAUGUGUUGUUGUUUAUACCAUCAAAUUAAAUUAACUCAAAAUAAUAAGCAAUUACUGUAAUAAGUAUGUAGAAAUGACACCAGUAGCCAUUUUAGAGAGCUCAUAUU